UCUGAGGGGUGAAGGUGCAGGAAUUGGGAUUGAUCUGAGGGGUGAAGGUGCAGGAAUUGGGACUGAUCUGAGGGGUGAAGGUGCAGAAAUUGGGCUGAUCUGAGGGGUGAAGGUACAGGAAUUGGGGCUGAUAUGAGGUGUGAAGGUGCAGGAACUGGGGUUCAUCUGAAGUGUGAAGGUGCAGGAAUUGGGACUGAUCUGCGGUGUGAAGGAAUUGGGACUGAUCUGAGGGGUGAAGGUGCAGGAAUUGGGACUGAUCUGAGGGGUGAAGGUGCAGGAAUUGGGACUGAUCUGAGGGGUGAAGGUGCAGGAAUUGGGACU